UAAGUGGUGAGUGCCAAGAUGAGCUUCAACCUCGCGCCAGCAUCCAGGCCAUGGUUCGAAGCAGGCAGCACCAUCAACAACAGCGAGCACCGGCCUUCUCGAGCAUUCCGUACUGGACCCUGUUGCUUGACGCUGCAAAUCCGAAACUACCAAUACUCCGCACCCCGCACAAGGAAUAAGUCAUGGCCGGCAUCAAGACGAUCAUCGGGCUGUCCUUCGUCCUUGCGAUAGGCUUCCUCCUUGUCAUUCUCUCCGCAGCGCUGUUUCAAAAUUACCUCACGCUCCUCGUCGUCGCGACCUACGUAAUCGCACCACUACCCAACUGGAUUUGCGGGCGCGCGUCGAACCAGGAUGAUUUUAUGGAGAGCUCAGGGAAUGGAGUAAUCGAUUUUGGCAGGUUUCUCACUGGGUUUUUUGUCGUUAUGGGUAUCGCGCUUCCCACGCUGCUCUGGCACUCGGAGCAGAUCGCAGGCGGCGCAGCAGCCAUGUCCAUCAUUGGCGGUCUGACGAUUUACUCCACGAUCAUCAGCUUCACGCUGUUCUUCCACGAAGAUCAAGACUUCUGACUAGCCGGCGGUAACGAGCGAUGAGAUGAUGCUGCAAGAUGAGCAUACGAUGCGGACUGGGAGAGCGCCGGGUAUGGAUGGCCUUGGCAUGUGAUCAGGCGGCAUGGGUUUGUACGUGACAAGAGCAAAGAGAUCUGCUACUUGGAUCUGCUAGAUACUUUGAGCGUUUUUGUACUGUCAUGUUGGGUAUGUUAGGAAGACCGCAUGCUAUUGACUGGCUUACGCCGGAAUUAUCGUUAAUUGAAUCGACAGUGUGGCCUGAUACCACGUCCUGGUAUCGGUAACAUAGAAACGCGCCAAAUGUAUGCAUACAGCAAUAACAAG